AUGUGCAAAUCAUUCGGCGGUACCCUUGAUGGAGAAGCUUUGGAAUGGCUCAUGAACGUCCCUCCCGGAUCCAUCUUCUAUCUGUCCGACCUCAUCAACGCCUUCUAUCAACAGUUCUCCAGCAGUCGCCAGUUGGAGAAGCAAACCAGUGAUCUCUAUCGGUUGGUUCAAGGGCCAACCGAGUCGGCAUUCAAAAGAGGUCUCAUCCCCAAUUCGGAGUUGUACCGGGAAAUAACCAAAUACCCCUGUGCAACCUUCGAAGAGGUGCGAUCGAGGGCCACCGUCCAGAUGCGAAUUGAAGACGACGAGGUCAUCCGAACAUCGUCUCAACGGUCGAUAGGGGGCAACAGCGACAGAAGAUCGUACACCCCGAGGAAUAACAACUGGCGACACCAACCGUACAAUCGACAAAACCAGGUACAAAAUGUCAAUCAAUAUUAUGAUAGUAACAACGUUUACAGGAAUGAAUGGGUCGAACAUCCGAACAUCUCCGAUUACGGCUUCAAUGUCGACAUCGGGGGUGUAGUGAACACCCUUCAAAAUGUAGGUGGAACAGUCAGAUGGCCCCGGAAGAGCGACAGACCGGAUUCCAUGAAGGACAUGAGCAAAUGGUGUGACUUCCACCGCGACAAUGGUCACACGAUCGAGGAAUGCAUCUCCCUUAAAAAGGAGGUCGCGUAUCUCCUAAAACGGGGGCAUCUGAAAGAGCUGCUAAGAGACAAAGGAAAGAAAACAUUCACCAAGGAAAAGACCGCCCUACCCGGCCCAACAACAAGCAGCGACCGACCAGACCCACCUGCGUUCAAUAAAGUGGGAAACGUUAUUUCCGGUGGUUCAGAUAUUUGUGGACUAACCUCUUCUGCAGCUAAAAAAAUUAACAGAGGAGAUUCUGGAGCCGUCGAGGAGGGGCAAACCGAAGACGAGAUCGCACUGCACAAGUCCCUGACCGCAAUGGCUAUAACCUUCGACGACUCAGAUUCUAUAGACACACAACGAGAACAUCAUGACGGAUUGGUAAUAUCGCUCCCAAUAGGCAAUGCUCUGAUCAAAAGGAUAUUGAUCGACAACGGAAGCUCAGCCAACGUACUGUUCUUAGAGGCACUACAGGAAAUGGGGUUGGAAGAGAAAAACAUUGUUAGGAGAUCGACAGUUCUGGUAGGAUUCAGUGGAGAGUCGUUGCGAACCAUUGGAGAAAUAUCGCUACCCACUUAUGCAGAAGACGUCAACGUCAUGACAAAAUUUAAUGUCGUCGAUUGCCCAUCAGCCUACAACGUCAUCUUAAGACGACCCUGGAUCCACAAAAUGAAAGCAGUGCCAUCGACGUACCAUCAAUCAAUCAAAUUCCCAACCAAAUGGGGGGUCAUGGAAAUCAAGGGACAGCAAAGAGACGCAAAGAAAUGCUACGAAACCGCACUAAAACCAUCAAAAUCCUCUAUCUAG